AUGCGUGAGUGCAUCUCCGUACACGUCGGCCAAGCUGGAGUCCAGAUCGGUAACGCCUGCUGGGAGCUGUACUGUCUUGAGCAUGGCAUCCAACCCGACGGCCAGAUGCCCACCGACAAGACCAUCGGCGGUGGCGACGACUCAUUCAACACCUUCUUCAGCGAAACUGGCGCCGGCAAACAUGUCCCUAGGGCCGUCUUCGUUGAUUUGGAGCCUACUGUAGUCGAUGAGGUUCGCACAGGUACAUACAGACAGUUGUUUCAUCCAGAACAACUUAUCACUGGCAAGGAAGAUGCGGCCAACAACUAUGCCCGCGGUCACUACACAAUCGGCAAAGAAAUCGUAGACUUGGUUCUCGACCGCAUCCGCAAGCUCGCCGACCAGUGCACAGGCCUCCAGGGCUUCCUCAUCUUCCACUCGUUCGGCGGCGGCACCGGCUCCGGUUUCACAUCACUCCUGAUGGAGCGUCUCUCGGUGGACUACGGAAAGAAGUCUAAGCUCGAGUUCGCCAUCUACCCCGCCCCGCAGGUGUCCACCGCCGUAGUGGAGCCAUACAACUCGAUCCUCACCACCCACACCACGCUGGAGCACUCUGACUGCGCGUUCAUGGUCGACAACGAGGCCAUCUACGACAUCUGCCGCCGGAACCUCGACAUCGAGCGCCCCACCUACACCAACCUGAACCGUCUCAUCGGCCAGAUCGUCUCCUCCAUCACCGCCUCCCUGCGCUUCGACGGCGCCCUCAACGUCGACCUGACCGAGUUCCAGACCAACUUGGUGCCCUACCCGCGCAUCCACUUCCCGCUGGUCACCUACGCGCCGGUCAUCUCCGCCGAGAAGGCGUACCACGAGCAGCUCUCCGUCGCCGAGAUCACCAACGCGUGCUUCGAGCCCGCCAACCAGAUGGUCAAGUGCGACCCGCGCCACGGCAAGUACAUGGCCUGCUGCAUGCUGUACAGGGGCGACGUCGUGCCCAAGGACGUGAAUGCCGCAAUCGCCACGAUCAAGACCAAGCGCACAAUCCAGUUCGUCGACUGGUGCCCGACCGGCUUCAAGGUGGGCAUCAACUACCAGCCCCCGACCGUGGUGCCCGGCGGCGACCUGGCCAAGGUGCAGCGCGCCGUCUGCAUGUUGUCCAACACCACCGCCAUCGCGGAGGCGUGGGCUCGUCUCGACCACAAGUUCGACCUGAUGUACGCCAAGCGCGCCUUCGUGCACUGGUACGUCGGCGAGGGUAUGGAGGAGGGCGAGUUCUCGGAGGCCCGCGAGGACUUGGCCGCCCUCGAGAAGGACUACGAGGAGGUCGGCAUGGACUCCGCCGAGGGCGAAGGCGAAGGUGCCGAGGAAUAU